CGUGCAUGCUUGCUGGACCGAGCGGUCAGAGAGCGAAAAGCGUGGUUACUGCGGCUGCUUCUGUGCGUAGUCCUAACACGUUCCCAACCGUUGACCGACCUGCGGGCACCAGGCCGAAGCCAGCCGGUCGCUUAAUCUCCGCGAGUGCUCGAACUUUGACCCUCCGCGCGUGGACACUGCGUUCGCCGGGUUGGAUCGGCGGCGGAGGGCAUGCCAGCGGACGAAGGGGACAGCGGGAUAGACGCCAUGAGUUUGCCGGAGAGUCGCGAAACGUCGCCCAAAAUGUCCAAGCGAGACCUCGACGUCGCCGUGCCGACCACGAGCAGCACGACCGAAGCCACAACCAGCGUGGAGGAAGUCGACGACCUCGAUCUGGACGAGACCCUGUACGAGCGACUGUUGGGCCUGACAGAGAUGUUCCCCCCAAAGCUACGUCGGGGGGUGUAUGACCUGGCCCACUUCUCGUUGAGUUCUGCCAAGGGCCUGUUCGGCUUCGGCCGCUCGGCCUUCUGGAUCAUCUUCUCCUCGUCGGCCAUCCUCUUUGCACCCGUCAUCUUUGAGCUGGAGCGGCUGCAGGUGGAGGAGAUGAGCCGGCAACAGCAGCGCCAGAUUUUACUGGGUCCAAGUGCAGCUGUGUCUGGUGGUGCACCUCCUGGCAUGAUGCCUCCAAUGGCCCCCGGACCACAGCAACGGAGGUAAAGUCCCAAUGUAGAACCGAUAGCAGCGACUGCAAAAACAAGUGGCUCUUGGUGGAGUGUGCAAGGUUGAAGACGUGCUUUCCAAUGAACUGGCUCUCACACAUUUGCCAAGCACCGCUUCAGUCACCGAGCACAUCUGAAAUGCAGCACUGUCGUCAUUUCUUUUUUUUUUUUUGAUAGGCAGUGCGACUGUGUUUUACUUUUUUUGUAUUUUUUUUUGUUCAGUCCAUCUCAGCGGCACCAAGGCUGGAAGAAGUUUGCAAGUGCCACUGCUACUGUUUCAGGUGUAAAUACAUCCUUUAGCCUUGUUGACACUGUCAUUGAAACAGAUUGUUCUUGGGGCAUCUGUUGGGGCAUCUCUGGCUGCCUGAUAGUCGCCGAUGUGGCAGUUUAGGGUGGUUGAAUAAAAGAAGCUACUAUUUGCCGAAAAUUGGAAAUGUCUUUCACUUCGUGAGGGCAUAGUGUCAGUAGCAAAAGGGUGAAGCAGCAUUGCUCAAGUGCACCCAGAAAACAAAUUUGAAAUAUCACAAGAAGCUCCGUUAAUCUGUUGGAAUAUUGUGUACCUUGUGGGACGGCGUAUGGCACAGACCGUUUUAUUGAGCUAGUUUUUUUUUUUUUUUUUACAACCAUAAUAUACGGGUGUUUACGUGUCUUUCACUGGAAUGUGGCAGAAGGCUGUAGAAUGUGAACCUUCGUUAAUGCCAUCCGUGCUUUCCAACUGUAGGUUUUCCAUGUCUAGAGCAAAAAAAACAGGUGGGUCCUACAUUACGUGGGAAUCUGUUUAAGCGACGCUUUCUUUGGUGUUUGUAAGAGACAGCAUUGUUUUGGAACCUGUGCAUAUGUGCUCCAAGCCAUUCCUUACAGCAUGGUAAUGCUGUUCCACUUCGCACUUGUGGGUGAAAUUCUACCAUACUUCUCGGUGUUCAUCACUGUCACUCAGCUGGGCUGCACUUUGCCUUGACAACAUUGCAUGCACUUGCACUUUCUAACCACACUUGGCCGCAUAUUAAUGAAGAUGUUUCUGCUCUGCUUAGUCCCGUGCACACUCGCAUGCUUUGGCCUUUUAAUCAAAUAGUCGCUAUUUGUAAGUACGAAUAGUAUUUGAAUAUUUUAAAUUGUCAGCUGUGCGCAAUGAAGCAUAAAUUUGGAGCAAGAGUACGAGAAACUUCUUACCGCUGACAUAGUAGACAAAACAAGAUUUUGUAUAGUGGAGCACGCUACGAUGAUCAGGGAGCCAGAUUUUUCUGGCUAACUGCGGUCAUUCGCACACACCAGUGUGUCCCAAGUAUGCAAAUAAACUGCUUAUUUGCUCAUCAUGCUCCAUUUCUACUUUAUUAAACAAUGCUUCGUUACGUGCAAUGUAAUGAUGAAAGCUUAAUGUUAUUAUGAAUAAGAUACUAAUAUAUGAACAUUGUUUUAUGCUAAUGGUGAAAAUGACCUUUUUAUAUUCAUAAAGCAUUCGAUUCGGUCUCAGAAUUUACUAUUCUCACACCCCUAUUCAUUUUGUUCGUGUUGGAUCUUGCAUCUGCGCUUGGCAAAUAAUGGCGCUAGUUGUCCCAGGUCACCACAGUGUGGUGCGCAAUCUCCAGGCCUACCCAUCAUGCGAGACAGCAGCCAGCAAAGUGGAGGAAAGCAGCAAGCAAAGCUUUGUUUAAAAAGGAGAAGUAUUAUAAGGAGCUAAAAGCGGAAGGGUGGCCAAGUAUAAUAUGUGUCUCACUUGGAGACGGUGGUGUCCCUUUAGGGUCAUGAGAGUGCAUGCCUAUCACCUAUAGUUUGUUCACUGCAGUAUUAGUGCAACUUUCAGCACUGCUUUCCUAGCACCUGCAGUCAUGCCACAAGUUCUCCUUUCUUUUUAAAGUCUAGCUGAAAAGUUUCAUAAAAGCAGAAAGUGACUUGGCUCUGCAUUCUACAGCUAAUCAAGCGAAAGGUAGACAGUAGUAUUUGGCAUGGCUGCAACUGCCAUGUGGCGUGGUUAAAAUGGCAGUUAUCCCCAUGCACAUUUGUAUUAGUCCCAGUAAAGGCUGUGCUGGAUAGAGCUGCACCAGCAACACUGAAAAGUGCACAGUUAGGACGUGCAUUCUUGAGAGAAACAUGCAAAAUAUGGUAGUCUCUUCAGUGAUGGCUCAAACGUGGCAAUGCAUGCUGCCUUUGCUUUUCUGAUAAAAUUUGAUUGUCUCUCGCACCUUCUCGUCUUGAUAGCAUGCUGCAGCAUUUGCACGCAGCAAGCCGAGGUGUCUGAAAAUAACUUGUUCUUGGGCUAGUUGGUUGGCACUUUGUGAGGCCAUUGUAGCACAAAUAAAAAUGACCAUAUGACAUCACAACUGCUGCUGGGUGCUGCGUUAGCACCUUUGAUGUCUGUUAUGGUAUUUGUGUUUUAUUUGUGCUACAAUGGCCUCAAGCUUGGCAUUGUAUGGAAAUGUAGCCAUCUCUUAGUUCCUGUAUAGUGCUCAUAACUUCGUGCGGUUGCUGGUGCUUGAGCCAACUGCUGGGCACGCCAGCUGGUUGCUAGUUCGUUGUAUGGCUGUGUUUGCUAGGUUGUGUGAAGGGGUACAUUGCAGUGCAGCUGCUUAGCACAGUCAUCAAUUAAGGCCUGCUGAGUCUAUACCUUAUCUAACCAGAGGGAGAUAGUUGAAAGUUUGUUCCCUGUUACAAUAUAGGGAAGGGCCUAGAAAGUAUCUGAGACCUGCAAAGCAAACAUGACACUGCAGCUGCAACGUUCCUGCACUACAUCACAGAAAUGUCUAAAAACGUUGCAGUUUUGCCCGAAAGCCGAAGCAUCAGUUGCGAUGGCAAAUUAGUGGACAGCUGUACGAAGUAAGAAUAUUAGUUUUAUCAGCCAUGUAAGCUUGUAAACAUAGACAUACUAACUAAAUUAACAAGCAUGGUGUCGCGUGCAGGCAAACGUGAACACAUCUCACUCGACGAUCGCAGAAAUGUGCUGUCAAAACGCUGGAGUGAGGAAGCGCGGCAACAGCAGCGAACGAAUUGACCUUCGUGCUGCAUCUCGCACCAACGCGAACUAAGCCACGAAAAUACAGCGCCUGGGCUGGCUCUGAGUCUGUCGCAGGUGGCUUUCAAGAUACAACAACCCAGGUGGGCAAGUGUGUCUGCCCAGGCUGCCCAGAGUAGGACAUGCCUCCCGCCCUCGGAGCCUUGCACAUGACGGGAGGCGGUGCGCUUUCUCCCCACUCUCCUCGCUUGCAUGCGCGAGAUUGAGCUGCGAUCGCUGGCGCACCCUCGCACGCUUUCACUCGCACAUACAGCAUACGGCACACGGCAACAAUUUAAUCGUCCUUGAACUUUAUAUGGAACCUCAGCAAUGGGGAGAAAUGCACCUGGAGUGUCCAUAUAAUUGCUGUUGCAAUAAAAUGUAAGGGUUUUCCUACCCAGAUGACUUCUGUGCCUACAUGGAGAUGUUGACGGGGCCGGCUAUCACUUGUAUGGUGUAACCGUGCAAGGACAUUUCUUUUAGCUGGAUAAAAAGAGCAACAGACAGGUACCUCUGCUUGUAGAUCUCGUAAGAUGACUUCGUGACAGAAGUGUGCAGAUAAAGAGUAAUCUUGGACAAACAAAAAAAUGGAGUGAGAGCGAUUUGUUCAAGGAGAUCAUUCUAAUGCUUGAAAGCAUGUAUUUUUCUGCAGUAAAUUGGUUGGAGGUGGCACACCAUAGUGUGUUAUUUUUUUUUUGUACAUUGGUGCAGUAUUUUCCACAUGUGAGUACCAACGAGCCCAGCAGUUGGUUUUGAGAUAGGUUGUGUUUGUGUGCCAGUGCUGGUCCACUGUUCAGUUUUGUAGCAACAUUUGCCAGAUGUUCAGAUGAGCAGUGAACACUUAAAGGUGGUAGUUUUGUCGUUGCAUUGUAGAUGUGUGACAAUCUUGUUGCUGUAGAUAUAGCCUUGUUGCCCUGGACUUCUUGCAAGUCCAUAUUGAGUGCCUGAACAAUGACUUAUUGCUAGUGGUUCAUUGUGUUUUUGGUAGAACUUCAAAUUAAAAAUGACUGUUGACAGUG